AGAUAUAACUGACACGUCACAAAGCGAACGAGGAACUCGAGUUAAUCCAAGAGGGCCCGACUCAAAAUUGAAAGUCUCUCUUUUGGCAAGUGAGUGGAGCUCAUCAAUGGGAGGAUUGUCCACCAUUAACAGACACCUCGCCAUUCAAUUGGGCAGGCACGCCCAAGUGGAAGUCACUUUCCUUGUCCCACCCUCUAGCUGCUCUGAAGAAGAGAUAGGAUUAGCACGAAGCUGCAAUGUUGCCAUCAGGGAAGUACAGAGUCGUACAGGUUACGACCUCCUUGACUUCCUGAUAACUCCGCCGGAAGACCUGGAAAUUGAUGUAGUAGUGGGUCAUGGUCAGAAGCUUGGUAAACAAGCCCAGUUUAUCACAAGAUCACACGGUUGCAAGUGGAUUCAGGUAGUUCAUACUUCACCUGAGGAUCUAGGAAUGCACAAAAAGUAUCCCAAGGCGAUUUCAAAGGGUGGGAAGAAGAAAACAAUCGAAGUAGAGUUGUGUAAACAAGCAGAUGCUGUUGUCGCAAUUGGACCUACUUUAAAGGAGACCUUCUCAGCUUAUCUUCGCCCCUGUGGCAAACAGCAAGACAUAAUUGAAUUGACUCCAGGCAUCUUCAGUGAAUUUUCGACCAUAAAACAUGCUACAGUGGACAAUAAAAACUUUAGGGUGUUAAUCUUUGGUCGGAGUGAUCGAGAGGACUUUGCAGUUAAAGGAUACGAUAUAGCUUCCAAGGCAAUAGCCGAACUGAGCGACCCUACUUACCGCCUGAUCUUUGUGGGUGCACCUGACGGAGAAGAAGAGGAGAUUAAAGAAUAUUUGCUUCAGAAUGGAAUUCCAGAUGGCCAGCUAACUGUGAGAAAGUUUGUACAAAGCAAAGAGGAAUUGGAAGAAUUGUUUUGUGAGGUGGAUCUGUGCAUCAUGCCAUCAAGAGUGGAAGGGUUUGGCUUAACGGCCCUGGAGGCUAUGUCAGCUGGUCUUCCCAUUCUUGUCAGUGGCUGUUCUGGAUUUGGAGAAGCACUUUGCACUGUGCUACUAGGCGAAGAAGUUGUUGUCAGUAAAUCUGAGGAUCCCAAGGAAUGGGCAAAGGCAAUCGCCGGUGUCCGCCAGAAGGAAAGAUUACAGCGACUUCGAGAGAUUCAACAGAUACGGUGUUCCUAUGAAGAGAAGUAUGACUGGGAAAAACAGUGUGAAAUUCUCGUGAAGAAGAUGUGGGACAUACGUUAUGGAAUUGAGUCACUUGCAAAUAGAAGAAAUUGAGGGAAAAAAAAGGACAAAACAUGCACAAAAAUAACUUUGGAAUUACGCGUGGACAUUAUCCUAGUGGAGUACAAUAGCUAAGGAAAUUGUCAGAUAUAUCGCCAUUCACCCUUGAUCAAGCAGUGCCUUCAUAGAUCCUUACCAUGACAGUAGAGCCGACCUUUAACGUGACAAUAAACAACUCAGAUCAAAUUGUUAUCAAAGAAACCUCUGUGGCUCAAGAUUCUUUAAGGCUUUGUGGUGCUGUUCACUGUUUUGGAUGACAGUGCUCGAUCCUAUGAAUGGAAAUAUUUCUGGAACAGCGAUGAAACAGCUUAGAAAUUCCCUUAAACUUGCAAACUCUUCAACCCUAGUUUAUUUCACCUGCAUAGAUUUCUCGGAGAUAUUUUCCAUCGUAUUCCGGCUAUUCUUUUUUUGGCCUCGAUUAAGCUGAAAUUUAGUUUAAAUGUCACUUCUGAAAAUAAAAAAAUCAAGAACAUAAAAUCAUGUUUCUGUGA